AUGGGUAGAGUUAUUCGCAACCAGCGUAAGGGUCGUGGAUCCAUCUUCACGGCCAACACGCGCCUGAACAAGGCUCCCGCCAAGUUCAGAAACCUCGACUAUGCCGAGCGCCACGGAUACCUUCGAGGUCGCGGUGCUCCUCUCGCCAAGGUCGUCUUCCGCCACCCCUACCGAUUCAAGCAGACUACCGAGACCUUCAUCGCCAACGAAGGCAUGUACACCGGCCAGUUCAUCUACGCCGGAAAGAAGGCUGCUCUGACCGUCGGCAACGUCCUCCCCCUCGGUGAGAUGCCUGAGGGUACCGUCGUCUCCAACGUCGAGGAGAAGGUCGGUGACCGUGGUUCUCUCGGCCGAACCUCCGGCAACUACAUCACCAUUGUCGGCCACAACCCUGAUGAGGGCAAGACCCGCAUCAAGCUCCCAUCUGGCGCCAAGAAGGUCGUCCACUCCGGAGCCCGAGGAAUGAUCGGUAUCGUCGCUGGUGGUGGCCGAACUGACAAGCCCCUCCUCAAGGCUUCUCGUGCCAAGCACAAGUUCGCUGUCAAGCGUAACAGCUGGCCCAAGACUCGUGGUGUUGCCAUGAACCCCGUCGACCAUCCUCACGGUGGUGGUAACCACCAACAUAUUGGUAAGGCUUCUACCAUCUCCCGAUACGCCGCCCAAGGUCAAAAGGCCGGUCUUAUUGCCGCCCGCAGAACGGGUCUUCUCCGUGGUACCCAGAAGACAAAGGAGUAA